AUGCUGAGGGCUCGUCGCUCUACCAGCCCCGUCAAGGGGGCGUCUACCCAGCGCAGUCCCACCAGACACUCACCUGUUAAAGGUGGCACGUACGAUUCAGAGCUCAUGAGGGUGCUACGAGAAAGAGAUGAACUACGAAACAUGUUGGAGAAACACGAGCGGCAUCUCUCAGAGAUCCAGGCCAAUGUUAAAGUGCUCACAGCUGAACGGGACAAGACCAGAAUGCACUACCAGCAGGCUCAAGAAGAGAUAGCAGCUCUACGAAGGGAGGUCAUGAUGUCAAAGUCAGCAAGAGGGCCCAAGAGCAGUGUGACCGCUCAGAGCAUCCUGAAACGAGUGGAGGCCGAACGAGACGAGGCCACAGCAGACCUCCAUCGCAUGACCACAGAGAGAGACAGUCUGAGAGAGAGACUCAAGAUCUCUCAGGAGACAGCCAUCAGCGAGAGAGCUCACCUGGAGCAGAGGGUGGAGGACCUGCAGGCUGCUGUACUCACACUGGAGCAGGAGCGAGGGGAACAGAGAAGCAGGCACGCUCAAAUGAGGGAGACCAUGAUGGCUCUGGAGGAGGAAGUUCAAGUACUUGGGCCAAAACUCAGUUCCAGUGAGGAAGAGCUCAGCCGGCUCAGAAAUGAGUGCAGCAGCCUCAGACUGGCAAAUAAUCAGUUGGAAAUCUCUCUGAGUGAGAAUCAGCGAAGACUAACCAGCAGGAUUGGAGAGCUACAAAACACUCAGGAGAGAAAUAAAAUGCUGGAUGAGAAGAAUGACUCUCUCCUGAAGCGGGCGACUGCUAUGCAAGAGGAAGUGAACCUGCUGCGGUGUACAGUCUCAGAGCUGGACCAUCACAGAGUCUCACUGCAGGAACAACUGGAGAGAAAGGCAGAGCUGCUGAGCACAGCAAAUGACCAGCUAGAUGAGAAGGAGAAAACCAUUAGGAGCUUAAAACUGAGAACCGAGGAUCUUGAGACAACUCUAAUAACUCUUAGGGAGACCGUAUCUGGCAGAGAAAGAGAGCUGGAUGUUCUGAAGAGGAAGCUGUCUGACUCUGAAAGCGAGAUGGGCACAGUGGUGAAAGUCAAAGACGCCACAUUACAAGAGAACGGUCAGCUGAGGGACGAUCUUGACAAAGCACGUCUGGAAAUUCAGACUCUACAGCUCAAGCUGGAUGAAGCUAAUGAGGAAAUAGAAGACUUGCAGAAAAAAGUACAAGUUCACAUUGCUGACAUCUCACGCACUGAAGAUCUGUUGUCUGCUAAGGAGCGUGAGUGCAGAGAACUGCAAGAGUCUCGAAGGAAAGCGUCUCUUCAGAUGGAAAGCUGGGAGGAACAGGCCACACAUGCUGAAACCACAGUCAUCCAACACCGUCUUGAGCUUCACAAUUCUAACUUAGAGAUACUUCGACUCAAAGAAAGAGCAGACAGCCUGGAGAGCAGUCUGCAACAGGCACUGAGUGCAGAGCGGAGUUGUACUAGUCAGCUGUCUCUGCUGAACCGAAAGAUGAUUCGCAUGGAGGAAGAUCUGCGUCAGGCCCAGACUGAGCGCACACAGGUGCAGACUGACCUGGAAAAAACACGGGAGCUCUGUGUCAAACUGGAUGUCAGCAAAGAAGCUGAGUUCUCAGAGUAG